AUGAGCUCUUUCUGCGCAUGCGUCGCAGUAGCCAAUAGAAAAUCUCCAGACAAACGUACACGGAUUUUUCUUCUGUCGUCUUUUCAUUCCCCUUCUUUUCUUUUUCUCGUCCUCUCUACGUAUUCAUCUAUACUUUUCAUAUUCGUCUUAUACUGUCUUAAUUUCUUCUUCUUCUUCUUCUUCGUAAAUUUUCUUCGCCGCCGCUCCGUUUCCUGUUCUCAAUCUUUCACUCUUCUCAUAUCUCUCUUCAUUCUCUUCUUUUUCUUCUUCGUCUCUACUAAUUUUUACUAUCUCUUUCUUUCUCUCUCUCUCUCUCUCUCUCUCUCUCUCUCUUUCACUUCUUCCUCUCUAAUAAUUUUCACUAUCUCUCUCUCUUUCACUUUCGUUUUUCGGAUUUUCUUUCCAUCUCUCUCUCUCUCUCUCUCUCUCUCUCUCAUUUCAUUUAUUACUUUCUUUCUUUUCACCCUUUUACUUACUUCAGCUUUUCAAGUUUGA